AUGAUUGUCUCCAUGUUAUCUGAAUACUGCGAAGUCCCUUUUGUUGUUGAGCCUGUUAAGGUUAUUUAUGAGGAAGAAAAUAGGGAGAUACAGACCCCUAUACUAGAGGAGCGUGAGAUGUCUGUAGAUAUGGAGACAGUUCGUCGUAUCUGUGGUCUCCCUGAUCUAACUGCAGCAGCAGCAGCAGAGCAGCUGCAGCGGUUAAUGCUAACAGCAAACCCUAGCAAAGAAGAUAAAGAAAACAAACUUACUGUUACUAUUCCUCCUACACGCACAGACGUGAUGCAUGAGGUGGAUAUAGCAGAGGAUGUAGCAAUAGGUCUAGGGUUUGAUAGAUUACCAGUGCAUGCAGCCCCAAGACUUGCAUGCAAUAAGCGUUCCUUGCUGCAGCAGAGUAUUCGUACUCUUUUUGUCUCCCUAGGGUUUACUGAAUGUCUUACCUUCGCCCUCUGCAGCAAAGAAGAAAAUUCUUCUUCUAUUCGUAAAACCCUAAACCCUAAUGAUGCACCAUCUGCACCAUUCAACCCACUAGAGAUAGGAGACGUUAUUAUAAGGGAUGAUAGGACGGAGACAGGCAGCAGAAAUCUCCUCUAUUGCUGUGCUGCUUUUGCUGAUGAGCACGGCAGCGGCCUUGAGGAGGUGCAUGGUUUAUUAGAUGCAGCAUUAGAGGCAAUGGGGUUAAUAGGGGAUUAUAUUAUAGCAGAGAGAGAAGCAGCAGUAGCAGCAGCAAAAGCAGCAAAAGAAGAAGCAAUUGCUGCACUAGAAAGUGUUAAGGGACUACCUGUAUACUCCCUUAAACCCACACAACUGCCAACUUUCUUCCCCGGUCGUCAGGUGCAGAUAGUUGUAAAGCGCAAACGUAACGAGAAGAGGGAGGAGGAUACAGCAGCAGCAGAGGAGACAGCAGCAGCAGAGGAGACAGAUACAUUUGUUAUUGGGCAGAUGGGGACACUGCAUGUAGACUGUCUCCGCGCCUUUGGUCUCUCUGUACCUGUGUCUAUUGUUGAGUUUACAUUGGAGCCCUUCUUGCAGUGGCUGAGGGAGACAGAUCUUAUUUUUGCCUAA